AAUCAAUAAAAAUAAAUAAUAUAUGAAUAAUUAUUUCCAAUUUUUUAUUUAAAAUGACUAAAAGAAAAAAGAAAUGAAAUAGAGAAUUUACAUAAGCGAAAGAGGGGACAAAACAUGAAAAUUUGCUGCUGAGGCCACAGGCUUUGAAGACGAGAAUUAAAUUUGAAAAACCCAGAUUGUCAGCUGCCAAAGAUAUCAAGUAGACAUAAUUAUCGGAAAUAUGGAAGAAGAAAAUUCAAGCGCAAUGCCAUCUGCUCAUGAACAGGAAGCUUCUGUUAAGAAAAAGUAUGGAGGAAUUGUGCCCAAGAAACCACCACUAAUUUCCAAGGAUCACGAAAGGGCAUACUUUGAUUCAGCAGAUUGGGCUCUUGGAAAGCAAGGCGUAGCAAAGCCUAAAGGGCCUCUUGAGGCACUUCGGCCUAAAUUGCAGCCAACUCAGCAACAGACACGGUACCGCAGAUCUCCUUGUGCUCCAGCAGGAGAAGAUGGGGAAAACGCUACUUUUGAGGAGCCAACCUCCGAGGAGCCAACUUUGACUUAGAUGAAGACACUGCUGUUCGUCAAGAUCUGAAGUCUACUCGAUAUUUUUACGAUCGAGACUCGAGAGUAUGUUAUGGUGUAUUUGCUUAGUGUAAGCUUCACUAUUCUGAGAACUGUGCUUUUAUGUAUGCUGUACCGAUACAUCAAUCGAUACUUCUCUGCUCCAUGUUUUUUUAUUUUCAUGUGGGAUAUUCUUAUCGAGCGAAGCUUUUUCCGUUGAUCAUAACAAUCUUAUUUGAACUACUUUCAUGCUAACACAUUGCCACCCACAAACUUGAAUGUCAAGUAUCAUCGAAUAUCUAGCA